AUGCCGGGCCUCUUGAAACGGUGUCGUCACACGUUUCCGGACCUUUUCGUUCAAGCGCUCACAUGCGAACACCAUCCGAAUAUUGCAAAGUUUCCCGAGUUUCGCACGGAUUUGACGCUCUUGGCACCGCACUGGACGCAGACGAAAGGCUCGGCAUUCGAAAAGUCGGAAGAAGUGGAAAUUGUGAGGGCCUAUCAUAAAAACGAUUGGGAUACCGUCCUCAAUCGCAUUCGCAGCUCUCCGAAAAUCGGAGAAGCUAUGCUGAAUGAGCUGGAACUGAUUGCCACGUGGCACCUGGGAAAGACGGUCGAUUGGAAGGUUCUCGAAGCGUUUGAAGGUAGUCCGAGCAAUAGCAAUUUUAGGCCCCAAAAAAGUUCAUUUUUCAACGUUCCAGGCGAGACCCAAUGCCGUCUGUUUGACAUGUUCGCUCCGAAACUCUCGCCACCGCCCGCAUCGUCGAAACUAUGCGAAAAUCCGAGAAUCGCAUGCCACGUGGCAAUGCUUCACCGUCGACAUUUCGAUAUGAUGGCCGACGGACUCGAAAUAAUCGAUAAAAUCGUUUGUGCCGCGCAUCUCGACGAGCGAGAACUCAUCGAAAUGUGGUAUUAUGUAAGAAUAAAAGACGUUAUUUUUCGAGAAUGCAGGAAAUUUUUCUAGGAGCUUCUCGAGGAAUUUGCACGAAAUUUCGACGAUGAGAUUUACGAUGUUUUACCCGGCGGACACGUGGAACUUCUUCGAUUCGCCGCCGCAUUCACAGCGCUCGCGGUCGGCGAAAAGUUGCGCAUUUUCGAAAUUUUAGGUAAAAAUUCAGAGAUUUCUGUUGGAAGUAUCGAUUUUGUAUCGAAAGUCUUGGCAUUUGUUGUUUUUUUUUCCCGAUUUUAAAAUGUCAAGACGUCAGAAAUGACUCUAACGCAUUUUUGGCGCGAAAUUUUGUUGAUGCCGCAUUUCGGUGGAGCGCGCACUUGCAUUUUAUCAAAUUUUCAGACGAUUGCGAAGUGGGCGUGCUCUCGAAAUCCCUGUUCAACUAUUCGACGAACAGAAGCCUAGACAAAGUGAAAUAUUCGAAAAUUGACUUUUCCUACGCAUUCCAAGCCGGCGCCAUCACUUUGUUUUUCGCUUUUCGGAAAGGUAAAGUUAUUUUGAAGCAUGCUUCAAAGUGUCAAAUUAAAGACUCUGAAAGCGUGGGCGUUAGCUGGAAAAUGAGCUCGACGGAUCAUUUGCACUUUUACGAAUUCCAUUUGAGUCGAUUUUUACAAAGUUUCGGGUAUGCGAAAGUGACGGAGAAGACGGCAGUGAGCACAAUUUGGCUCAGCGAACCAAGAAUGUGAGUUAUAAAAAUGCGUUUUUGAAAAACGUUUGUAUUCACAGAGAGCCUACCGAAAAAUCAAUCGAUAUUCUGAGCUUUAUGCCCAAUGGGUUCGAAGCAGUCGAAGCGGACCUCAAUUACCCGGAUAUUUGUAUGAGAAAAAUGGAAAAGUCGCACAUCAUCAUUGUGGACUCGAAAGACCCCCAGUUUAUCGAAUUUUUCAAUGUUUUACACCCACGCGUUUCCAGUUUUCCCAAUUUUGCAAUUGCUUUGAAUGGUGGGUCACCACAACUAUAGGCUAAAAAAGGCUAUGAAGUUUUAGGCCAAGUUCCGCAGGAAAUCGAAAAAGUGCUCAGUUUCGGUGGCACACAGAUCAUCAAUGCGAGCGAUCGAGAUUCGGCAGUGGCCAGCGCGCAGGUGAGCUAUGAAACGUUUAAAACAAGGCGACGAAUGUUUGUACGAAUGUUUUGUUGUUCGCAAAAAGAUGGAAAUCCCGCUCCGCUAGAUCUUGCCGCUCAUUUUUUUUUUGCAAUUUUCAGAAGCUAUUGGCGGCGAGCAGUGUGGGAUUCCUCGCGAAAGUCCGUAAAGACGUUCGAUUGGCCAUCGAAGGAGACUAUUGCAUUCCGGACACGAUUCUCGCGGCCCGCCUCGAUUUUGACCAACUUCUCAGUGGUCAGUGGCUUUUGUUUUCAAUUUUUGAAGCCAAGUUUUGCAGAAUUCGGAAAAGAGACGAUGCUAAAAGUGCUGAAAACUGACGGAACUUUGAUCAAUAACGCCGUUCGAGAAAUGCGCGAAAAUCGAUUGAAAUCGUUUUGCCAACUCAUUUUUGCCGAUCACAUUUUCGACAGGAGCCAACUUAGAAAAGAGGACAUUUUUCCGGAGACCACUCAAAAUUACGGGUACUCUUUAACGGUUUUAGUUAAAUUUUGAAAAAUUCUCGUUUUUUGCAGUGUCUACUCAGUGUCAUCUUCCGCAAUUCGAUUGUAA